GCUCGAGCCACAUCACAGUGCGGAAAACACAACUGCUGUUGAGACGGCGACUGAAGACUUCCCGCGCGAGUUUGCUUCUCAAAACAACCUUUUCUUUCUUCAUUUUGAAGAGCUUGUUUUUUUUUUCGUACUGAAAUUCACCUUUUGUUCUAGAAACGGACAGUAGUUCAUACAUAAUGGAAAUCCAAGCUAUCUUGUUUUUAAUUCUGAAUGCGCACACAUGCACUGCCAUCUUUAACGUUAGUUCUGAACACAGUUUAGCUGAUACUGCAGCAACUGUUGAGCCAAUUAAUCCACCGGAUCAAGAGAAACAUCAACCAGCAGCACUUUGGGCGGCGCCCUGAGCUCCGAUUGUUUAGCUUUCCACAGCAUGCACCAAAAGACGUGAGAACAGUAGGCCCACGCGGUUUUGCAAUUAAUCGUGGCUAUAUAACCCAAACCGAUGAGCCAAUUGACUUCAACAUGGAUGAGACUUUGCCUGACUCUUCCUCAACUCCAAAUAAAAACCGUGAAGGGAUUGUUUUUUUUAGUUAUGCUAAUGGACGGCCUAACUAUAAAAGUGCACAUCCAUGUAACAGCACUGAUCUGAAUGAAGCAAAUUGCAACCGGACAUUCCUGGAGAUAUUCAGCAUCUCAAAUGAGGCUGUUCUCUUCCUCAAAGGCCUGCUGGUCACACGCGUCAUGCCCUCGUUCUACAUCUUCAUCAUCCUCUUUAGUUUGCCCCUGAACGCUUUGGCCUUGGUGACGUUCACCUGUAAGAUUCGAAUGAAGAAACCAGCGGUGAUCUACAUGUCUCACCUGGCGUGUGUGGACCUGCUCUUCACCCUGCUGCUGCCUCUGAAGAUCCACUACCAGCUGAACGCUUCAGAUUGGGUGUUCGGUGAGGUGGCGUGUCGUGUGAUCAGUGCAGCGUACUACUGCUACAUGUACUGCUCCAUACUGCUGAUGAUGUGCAUUAGUGUGGACAGACUGCUGGCUGUGGUGUAUCCCAUCGCCUCUCUACCCUGGAGGAAUCCAAGGAAAGCCACCUGUGUAUGUGUGCUGGUCUGGCUGCUGGCGCUCGCUGGUACGGUGCCACUUCUCUCGAUGAGACAAACAUUCAAGAUUAAGGAUGUGGGCGUCACUUGUCACGAUGCGCUGAUCCAUGACCAUGAAGACCGUACAAAUCAGCUAUACGUGUACCUGUUCUCCAUCCUCUCCUGCCUCUACUACUUCUUGCCACUCAUUGUCACCUUAGUGAGCUACUUUACCAUCAUAUAUGUGCUCAGCGGCAAGUCUAAACUAUUAGCAAAAUCGUUAUCACUCUCGGAAAAACGAAAAAGAGCUGUGAUUAUGGUUAUCGCCGUGCUGAUGGAGUUUGUGUUGUGUUUCGCUCCAACCAAUGGCAUCCUGUUGUACCACUGUGUUCAUUUAGGCAUCAGAGAGAAGGGAGAUUCAUCAUAUGCUGUUUACCUGGUGGCUGCGUGUUUGGGGAGCACAAGUGUUUUUCUAGACCCUUUUCUGUACUACUACGGCUCGUCUCAGUGCAGACAGAAGAUCAGAUCUGUGUUCUGGUGGAGAAGAGCAAAAACCAACCUAUCAAAAACAAGCACUCAGACAGGAUCCUCUUUUGUGAGUUGUGAGUAUAGUCAGGCUAGUGUUAGUGUAAAGAUGUGAAUUAUUCAGAAAAUUAUUUGAACUUUUUUUCAACUUGUUUAUACUGCUGCUUAUUGUGCCAUUAACCGAAAAUUGAAUCUGAAAUAGUCACAAAUCCUGAUUCAUGCUAAAGCAGGAUGAAUUUCCCUUCCGUGCUGUUAAAUGUCCAGCUGUUAGUAGGACAGAUUGACCCAGUGUAAACACAUCUUCAGGGGACUCCAUUUCCUGUUUGUGACUGAGCUUGUAUGAGAAAUAUGGUGAUAGUGAAAGCAUUUUUUUUUACAUUGCUAUAUUCAGAUCACAUCUGGAGAAUGGCAUGAGGUUUUUUAGGCUGCAAAACUGAAGUUAAGUUGCAGAUCUGUGUUAACCACAGAAUUAAAAAAUAAAAAUGUUAAUUGUGCAUUUUUUACUCAAUAUCUAUUCAGUGUUGAUUGCUAAAAAAAAUGGAAAAUCAUACAAAUAAGUGCUUAAGAUUAUACUUGUAUAUAUAAAAUGAAUAGAUAAUAAAAACAUAUAAUGUAUAAUACGUUGUUCUUUUAAUAUUUUGUCAGCAUUUUCUGAAAGUUAAGCACCUACUUUCACUGACCAUUUAUUUAAAAAAAAAAAAAAAAAAAAAAGUUUCAGGCUCCAUUUAGUGCCAAAUUUGUGGAAAGUGCCAGCCAGAAAAAUAUAAUAAAUAGAGGGCAUUCAAAACCAUAGUAAGUGUGUCUGAAUAUAUAUUAUAUAAUAUAUAUAUAUAUAUAUAUAUAUAUAUAUAUAUAUGAUGUGUGUGUGUGUGUUGUCUAAUUUGUAAUUCUGAACGUUAAAAGUUAAGCUGCAAUUGUGUAUUACAUUAUAUGCAUAUAAACGCAUUAUCUGUAUAUUAUAUUACAAGACUUUUUUCUAUAACCUCUGUUGCUUUACAGGUUCUUCACUGCACUAUAUAAAAUUGCCAGAUGGAAUGUGUAAAUAUUUGAGCAUAUUUAAUAAUAUGUGCACAUAAAUAUGUAAAUAAUAUGUUCUUAGAUUAUUAUAUUUUAUAAGUGAACUGACCAUAUUUACAAUAUAGGGGCUAGUUCUCAAACAAGCUUAUUUUUUUAAUUGUAUUUUCUCUAUUAUUUACUGUUCUCAAGACUGUCAUGUUAAUGAACUAUUGUGUGAAAUAUUAAUUGGAGUAAAAAGUGUAAAACUUG